ACGUACAAAUGGCUACCAUUCAUUAUCUACCUCUGGAUAUACUUACAAUUAUCCUUGAUCAAGUUGGAUUUUUAAGCAACCAGCUUACCUGCAGGCUAGUCUGUUUCAAGUGGUAUUUACUUGUUACAAAAGCAGCGUUUAAAGAAAUUCACAUUAACAACAACGUACGUUUCAACCAGUUCUUGGAGCUCACUGCAAACCGUCACCUUAACCGACUGAUACCACUUGGGGAAAUGGUUUCCGUAAUAAUUAUAAAGAACGUUGAAGGGUUUGAUAGACGAACACCAUUUAUCACACGUCAUGAAUUUGAACAACUAGUUAGACGCUGUCCCAAUGUCGAAGCAAUAUCAGCAUCGAGAUUAACUUUCUUAAGCUUUGUUUCGGCGUAUUUACUUGAUAUUGAUGAUAGUAUAAAAUGGAGUAUCAAGAGCUUCCUUACGGAGAGAAGGUAUUAUCAGUUCACUAUCGACCAUUAUUACAAAUAUAAAGACUCUAUUGUUUGCCUCGAAGACCCUGUUAGAAUGAGUAGCACACAGUUUUUGGAAUCAUUUCCAUCGCUCCAGCAGCUUUAUUUACAUAAAUACCGAGUUGUCAGCAUGGAGGAAUUUAUGUUUAUAUUUGACACCUGCCUCGAUUUGCAGCUAGCAGCAAUAAAUCUUCAUAUAGACAGAAUAUCAAACACUUUCAUUAGACCAAAACCGUAUCCUUCUUUAAAGGAGUUAUCCAUCGCCAGUUACUCUCACCCAAUACAUGAAGGUACGAUCGAUUAUAUCACCCAGAAAUUCAUCGGACUCUGCAAAAUUCGUAUCCAAGUAGAUUCUUCUCCUGAGCAUGAUGCAUACAACGCCGCAUAUAGUCGACUCUUGGAGACACACCUCAUGCGUGCUGGGCAGUCAUAUGAGUUUCAUUUGACGUUUAUACACAGUGACGGCUGGACUGAUACCGGGAUUGGUUCUGCUAGGAUUGAUACGAUCCGAGCUUGUCUAAGUAGCAUAUUUGGGACACGACAAACCUCAUCAAAUAUAUACCAUUGCCUUAUCGUACGCGCAUUAGACGAUAGUGCUAAAAGAUCAAAGCUGGACACUUACCUGGAAAAGGUGAAAAUUGAUUUAUCAAGGUGUAGAACCGAGAUAAGUUUGCCUCAUGCUGGCAUUGGGAGUCAACUGAACGAGUACUUGGAUGGCACCGCAUCAAACAUAUACGAACUACACGUAAAUAGUCUAAGCAACUCAAAAGGAAAUUCUCUACAGGGUCUACAUACGGCUAUAGAAAAAUGUAGUCGGCUCGAGAAGCUAACACUAUUGGCUUGUAAGCUACAGAGCUUCAAAGGCUGUCUCAGUUUAUCUGUUCAAUCGGUUCACAUCAAUCACAUGGAAACUUACCCUACGUUCUUUAAAGAUUUAGUAGUUAGUUUUCCAAACUUGAAAUACCUUUGUAUAGGGCACACUACGAUUGUAAAUGACUGUUUGCCUGUAAAACCUGUUGUGAUAGACUUGCUUAAUUUAAAUCUCGAAAGUCUAAGUCUAUAUAACUUGAAACACCAGCACUGUGACUUUGACAGAAAGCCGUGCAUGAUAUUUGUAACAACAUCAGGAAAAACGACUUAUUUCAAGAAAUACCUUUUUGAUAACCCAGAAAAGCUUACACGCGAGGAAGCUAUCGAAGAAGAAAUACGGGCUGAUCCUAUGCACCAGUUACAUAUUCGUUGUCGAAAGAUUCAUCAGUUAUGGCUGUAUGGCAUUAAGUUUGAAAUAAAUUAAAGAAUCAUCAAGUACGAUAAUAGCUGCAUGAUUCGUUAAAACAAGUAUUUCCUCCUCAACUUUUCUCUGUAAGACGGCUUGCUGUCCCCUUCUUUCUCAACCAGUUAUUAUAUAUGCGUCAUGCCUUAUCUUACAUGCAUAGGCUACACUUUGCACUUUGCUACCAAGACAAUUUGAUUGUGCUUGCUCAUACACUAUUUCCGGAAAGAGAUGUCGCGCUGACUU